AAAGCAAUGGCCUUAAUAUCAGGUUGUAGUGAUGCUAUUGCACAGAGUCUCUUGACAACUGAUGAGCAAGGCUACACGGCUAUUCAUCGUGCUGUUAUUGCAAAUGAUCUUGCAGUUCUGCAGCAACUUCUGCCAUAUGCAGAUAGAGAGUACAUCAACAGGGAGAGCAAUGAUCGAUCUACCGCACUCCUGCUCCUCUGUAAAAGAUUAAUGUAUCCAGGGUUCCAGGCAGAAAAGCCUUGUCGGCAAAUGCAGGAAGAGAUCCUAGUGAGCCUCCUUGCUGCCGGUGCUGAUCCCAACCUGCCUCAACCUGAUCCUGUCUCCCUGCCCUUAUUGUGUGCGUUGGAGAAGCGUUGGUGGCGGGGCGCUGAGCUACUGCUGGAUGCUGGGGCAGAUGCCAAGGCCAUGGAUGUUGAGCACAGCCAGCGGCCAGCCACAUACUUAGCCAGGAACAACGUUGACAUUCUCAUAAGACUUCUAAAA